GAUACUCGUGUGUGGGCGACAAGCGGAGAGCGGACUCCGCUCAGCGGAGUCGCGUCAGUACAGAGGCACGACUCGCGCCAUCGAGUCGAACGAUGACGCGUCGUUCUCGGCCACUCUUUUUAUCUUAUCGCCGCACGUCGUCUUUAUCUUCUUAAACGUAGCCGCGACGUGAGUCCGUGGGCGCGAUGUUUCGUGCGCGUAAAAAAAAAUCAUAGCGCUCGAACGGAGGCGCGGACCCGCCGAUGAAUUCCGGAAAGCACGAGGCAUCCCGAAAAAUACAAUUUUAGUCCUCUAGGAGAAGAGAAAGGAGGAGAGAACUGCGCUCGCGCAAACCGUAAAAUCUAGGGUCGCCUGUGACGCUUGUCGCGCAUAUAUAUAUGUGUGUGUGUGUGUGUGUGUGUGUCAUUGUGCGUGCGUUUUCUCCGCUCGCUGUCGCGCACGCCGAGUGUCUCUUUAAUUCAUCAACGGCUCCCGACCAGCUGGUACUGUAUUGCUCUCGCUUCGUUCAAUUCCUAUUAUCGUGGGAAACCCGUGUGUGUCUGCGUUCUGAUUUUGAUACCGAAAGAAGCGCUAUCUAAAUAGCGUACGUUGACCUUUUAACCGGCACUGUAAUUGCCGGAUAUUUCUAUGACCGAAGAAAAUUUGAUGUCUAGUUCUUCUCUUAUGAUUUUAUAAAACCAUAUACAGCCAGUUUUAUCGCAUAAUAUUUAUUCAUUAUUCGAAUGCGCGAAUUUAAAAAGUGACAGGCCCACGUGUAUAAUAGCCUAUGUGAUGCGAGCGCGCGAAUAAUGAGUCACGUGCCGGUGAAAAGGAGACACGGUGAAUCUACAUAGCAGACAAAACGUGGAUGAAUGAUCGAGAGAUAGACCCGCAUAGCUGCACGAUUCUCGUUUGAAAAGAAAAAGAAUAUAAUAAAAUGCAGUAAUCUCAGUUAAUGUGGACUUACUGCGAAGGAACGGGAGCGAUUGUUCGAGAGGAGGAAGGGCCGCGCAGGAAGGGACAGCCGUAGCGUGACGACAACAACGACCCAGGAUCAAUGGGUUAGUAUCAAAGAAUACCGAAAACUCUCUUUCUGGAGCGACUUUGGAGUGGAUUAUUGGAAUCUACUGGAAGAAUCGGCCUCCGCGAUGGAAGUGAAACCGAUACCGAAACCGCGAUCGAUCCUGACUGAGAGUAGGCCGGUACCGGCGCCCCGGAGGAUUCCGGCGCCGAUCACUUCGCCGAUGGCGCGUUCCAGCAGCCCGACCAGCGAGUCCGGUCAAUCUGAGAAGAGCGACGAUCAGAGGUCGACCAGUGGCUCGGUUGGCGAGAGCACCCGCGGCAAUCACGAGUUCUUCCGCAAUCUCAGCACGAGUUCGCGCCAAUUGAAGGACGAGAUUUCGGAGAAAAUGACGGUGAAGGGACGCGCCGUCAUCUCCAGCACGCGGAACGCCAGUAUGCGGUUGGAGAGAUCGGUGAAGAAUCUCCUGACACGACGACUGUCGUCCCUGAAUCAGGACGAUGUAGUCGGUCAAGAUAGCGCCCAGAAAAAGCUUAAGGAUCCGGUCGAGGAAGAUAGAUGCGUGUCGAUGCCGACCGAUGACAUAUUUAAUAGCAUCUCGUUUUACAGUCCACUGAGCGGCAAUCUGAAAAGUGUGAAGAACGAGGAAGAUUUAUCCGCCAGACACAGCCCACCGCCGCCGGUUUAUCCGCCGCCUCCACUUCCGGAUGAGUCUAUCUACGACGAGCUGCAGUCCGUCACGUCGGGAAGUAGCGGCCGAUAUGACACUCUCAGCUCCACAGUAUCCGACAAGGUCGAGCGGGACUUUCCUGAGUCGUUCAGUCUUCUCAACUUCGCACGAAAUCAGGGUAGCGAUUCCGACCAGAGCCUGAACUUGUCCGACGUCAAUGUAAGUCUGUCACCUGAUCGAUCUGAAAUUUCUGCCAAGAAACUGUCGAGAUCGGACUCUUGGACUUUCUACGACACCACGCCCGGUACUAAAGCCGAGAAUGUCGAUGAGAUGGAUAGAAUAUCUAGUGUAGAGGAAGAAAGCUUGGAAAAAUCUAUCGAGAGAGAGAUACCGACAUUGGAUCGAACUUCUUAUGUAUCCAAUGAGAGCCAGGCUUCUGUCCAAAAUUCUCUCUAUGAAAAUCUGUCAUCGUCCAAGAUCGAUUGCCAGCUACAACCGAUAAUUUCUUCGGAUACUAGGCAGCAAAGUAGCAAGUCCUUGCUCUUCGAGUUUGAUCCGUUCGCGAGAACAUCCGAAGAUGAGAACGUUUACAGCAAUUACGAGAACAAUGAUCUGAUGCUACUGGAGACUUUGUUGGCUACCAACGAUUCGUCCGGCAGCGCCGACAGCACACUCGACUUUCGCGAGAGCGCUGAGGAGGAGCAGGAGGACGAAGACUUAACACACGCCGGCAUCAGUUCGACACCUCCGGAGCCACCCAGAAGAUUCGAUUCUCUUCCGAAGAACGAAUACGACGUACCGGAAGGCACGGAACAGCCCGACAAGGUCCAAGCGGCGAGUAAGAAUCCGCCUCUUUUGCCGAAACUAGCGCACUUGGUGACUAAAAAGCAACCUGCAGUUCCUCCCAGAAAACCUUCCAUAAGAAUUCCUUCUACAGACAAUUCUUCGAUUUCUCCAUCAACAACGACGACGACGACGAUGACAACGACGACGACAUCUCCCAGUGUGUGUAACAUCGAGGAGAAUAUUACCAGUCCUUUGUCGGGCACGUCAAGGAUUGCUGAAGAGAAUCGUAAAGUGAGUGUGAUACAAAAAUUGAAAAAACUGCGACACGAAUCUACCGUGCAUGCCAUCAGACCAAACGUGAUCAGUUUUGUGAAGAGCGGCAGUAAAUUGUUAUCCAGAACUCGCGAGCACAUCGGUGAGUCUGGCUCGAGGUCAUUGCGAAUGGAGAGGCCAAAGGUCAAUGUUCCGCACAAUCCGGUCACACACAGAGGAAUGGUAUACAGGCCGGGAAUGGGCAUCGAGAGGACCAAGGAUCUCGUGCCGAGAGCGGCAGUGUUACUGGAUCGGAAAUUAUCAUUCUAUACUGACAAGAGCAUGUCUUCGCUAAAAGAAGUCGUGGAACUGGAUACAGUGCAUAGUAUUCAUCUGCUUCAGGAUGUCAAAACCGUGGACGGCGAGACGGUGCAUUGCGUAGCGAUUAGCGGUGCAGGCAGACCGAAUGUGCACGUUUUCUAUGCGAAAGGUAUCGCCGAGAGACGGAUCUGGGCGCAGAGGAUCCUUGAGGCCACUACACCGGUCUUCCCUACGAGGUACACUGCCGAUCUUAUUAGAGCAGGUUGGGCUUAUUUAAAGGAAGGCGUAACAGGUACGUGGUUUCCGGCUUGGGUUCUUUUGCAACAAAGAAUCUUGAUUUACACGAAAUCCUUCGAACCUGCUUUCGCUAUAAAUUUUGAACAUGUGGACUUGCGAAAAGCACGUUGCAUCGUAUUGCGGGAACAGGAAGGACCGAUUGCCGGAUGUGGGACUAUUCCGGUUGUAGUUGUGGAUGCCGGAGGGAGUGGUGCCCUGCACAUCGCUACACCGAGAACCCACGAAGCAACCGCUUGGCGACACGCACUUUAUCAGGCAGCCACUAACUGCGGCCCUGCUUUAGAACAGCAGCAGAUCACGCAAGACAAUGUGCCCGUCAUCUUGGACAAAUGCGUCAACUUUAUCUACGCGCAUGGCAUGAUGUCGGAAGGCAUUUAUCGUCGCAGUGGCUCGAGCAGUGCCGUAGUAAAGCUACUGGAGGCUUUCAGACGAGACGCAUGGGCCACGCAAAUCACACGGAAUUCGUAUACGGAACACGACGUUGCCACGGUUCUCAGAAGAUUCCUGCGGGACUUACCGGAUCCAUUAUUCCCCGCCAAAAUACACGAUCGACUCUGCCUCACUACAGAUUCGACCAGCGAGGAAAAUAGGGUUGCGACUUACCGGAAGUUACUGUCCACGCUCAAUCCUGUGACAUCGGCGACGCUUCGUCGGAUUCUGGCACACCUUCAUGGUCUUAGUCAGCAGAGCGCCAGAAACUUAAUGACUGCCGAGAAUCUGUCGGCUGUUUGGGGCCCGACCUUAAUGCACGCCGGUGAAAACAGCGCCGAAGAGUGGAACCGCGCAGAGACCAAGGUCGUCGGCGAUCUCAUCAGGUUGUAUCCGAAACUUUAUCAACUGUCGCCCGCUGAUCUGGCUAAGGAGGCAAAAAUGCUAGAAGUCUUAGAGAAACAUGUGACUAAUAAUGGACCACGAGGCGCACCUUCGGGAGAUCUGAAGAUCUGGAUAUACAUCUUGUCGCCGGAAGGGGAAUGCGUGAAUGUUACUAUCGGGCCUCAAAAGACUGCGUUUGACGUGUGCCGAGAACUCGCUGAAAAAACCAAUUCGGCGGUUCAUGAGUUGUGUCUAGAAGAAUAUACGCUAUCCGGCGCGCUCGAACGGCCGUUGCAUCACAACGAACGUGUCCUGGAAGCGGUUGCGAGAUGGGGAUACUGGGACCCGGAUGAUAGAAAGGAUAAUGUCCUAAUCCUGAAAAAAGAUCGAUUGUAUAAGGAUAUCGUGCCUCUGGUAAAGCCACCUAUGACGAUCUCUGGAGAACUUAAGUUCGCGGAUACCAAGACGAAGAACCUGAAGAGUUAUCUCUUCGAAUUCAGCCAGGCGAAGCUCUGUUGUUACAAAGACAAGGUGUGCUCCGUGAAACUUCAUGAGUGGAAGAUAGAGGAUAUUAUUUGGUACUUGGGACACGAGCCUAAACGCAAUCCACAGAUGGGCUGGUCCAUCACAUUCAUUGUAAAAAACAAAAAUCCUACAAGAUGUAAGGAUAGCCCGUAUUUCGGCAACAUCUUGGCAGGAACAUCCAAGGACGAGCAGUACAGAUGGUUAGCGGCCAUGCUCUUCGGGGAAUAUCAAUUGAAUCUUCGAGCUUCCGCGGUGAACCUCAUGGAUCCAUAGUGGCCUCCAAAGUGAUAAGUGAUAUUUUCUAAUAAUGAAUCGCGUUAUACAUCUUAUAUAAAUAUAGAAAUGUGUACAAUAUAUAUAUUCCAGUAAAAGAAAAACUAAUAAUUAAUAUACGGUGUCCUAAAAAUUUGAUCUCUAAAAAGCGAUUUACAUAAA